CAGAAAUUAUCAUUUUAAAUUAAAGCAGGGGAAAACAUCAGAAGAAAAGUUUGACAUCGAAUUUUGGUCUUUCAGUAACUCCAUGGACAUUGAUGAUGAGGUGGGAUACAAACCAAAACCUAUUGUACUGCAUUGUUUUGACUUCUGUGAUGCUGAUAUGCCAAGGACAGAGUUGGUGGAGCAGUCCUGCAAAUGGUCCAACUUGCAAAGCAAAUACUUGUAGGGAAACUGACAGUGAAUGUGAAUGUUCACUCACUAUAGACCACCGCCUUACCAUGAUGACUCCUCUCCCAGGGGCCGUACUUGUCACUCCAAAUAAUGGGAAAUUGGUAUAUACCAACGAUACUGAAUUAAGUGAUGAAGAUGAAGAUAACGUGAUAACAGCUGAUGGAGUUGGUUCUCGCCUUGUAAUAGCCGUCAAUGGAAGAUUUCCAGGUCCAACUAUCGAAGCGUACGAAAACCAGAACAUGAUUAUACACGUUCGUAACUUGAUGCACACCGAAUCUACUACUGUCCAUUGGCAUGGAAUGCAUCAGCGUGGAACUCCUCAUUAUGAUGGUGUGGCAUUCAUAAGUCAGUGUCCAAUCUUACCAGGACAAACAUUUACUUAUAGAUUCACAGCAAGUCCAUAUGGGUCCAGUUUUUACCAUGCACAUAUUGGAGACCAGCGCAGCAUGGGAUUAUAUGGAGGGCUCAUUAUUUAUCCAAGAAGUCAAACUGUCUCACAACCACAGCAGGGUUUUACUGUCCUCUUACAGGACUGGAAUCACGAUGAUGAACCAGAAACUUUAUAUCAGCGAAUGCUUAAUGGAGUGUAUGAUAUUCCAAAUCGAGUUUUAUUACCUACUACUCAGUCAAUAGAUGGGGCUAAUUUCAGUCGAUUCCAAUUUCAUUCAGGCCUUAUCAAUGGUAAAGGUAGGUAUUACAGUACUCCUAACUCAAAUAACGGUGCUCCACUGGAGAUUUUUGAAGUAGAACAAGGGAGAACAUACAGAUUUCGAGUAAUUAGUGCUGCAACGUUAUACCCUUUUCGAGUUUUUGUUGAAGGCCAUCCAGAAAUAAGUGUAUGUGCCUCUGACGGUUUUGAAAUAGCCCAAGGAACUGGUGCAAAUAAAAGAGAUAUCAAUGUUGAAUCUUUUAUUAUUCAUCCCGGAGAGAGAUAUGAUUUCUUCUUAAAUGCAUCACAAACACCACGAACAUACCGUCUUGUCGCUGAAAGCAUUGAAGUUCUGAAUCCAGCACAAGAUUACCAUGCUGCGGAGGCCUUAAUAAUAUACAGAGGAAGUACUGAUCCAUAUCCACCGUACAGGGCAGCUUCAAACCCAUGCCCAUGUAUAACCUUCAACUGUCCAUACAUGUAUUAUCCUUCAAGUACCCAAAGAACUUGUCUCCCGUACGAUUCUGCAACCAGCAACGAACCAAGUUAUGAUUCUUCAUCAUUAGAAACUGUUUCUGAAACAAUGUUUUUUAACUUUGCAUUUCCAGGAGAGCAAGGACAAACUCCUGGAUCUGUUAAUGGACACCAGUUCUUAUAUCCUACUGCUCCAAUUUUAGUUCGGUCUUCAGGUGUUGAGGUUCCAUGUUCCAGUGUUAACUGUGGUGAUGACUCAAUAUGUGAAUGCACAUACUCCGUAAAUCUUUCAGCCGGUAAAGUUUAUCAGUUUGUCCUUACCAAUAUAGGCGGAGGAAGAGGUUGGUCCCAUCCAGUUCAUCUUCAUGGUCACUAUUUUUUCGUAUAUAAAAUAGGAUUUGGAUCAUACGACCCAACUUCAGCUAGUUUUGUCGACCAAACUUCAGAUAUCAUUUGUCAAGGCACGAGAAAUUAUUGCAAUUCUGCUAACUGGAGAGAUACUACCUGGCGAUCAAACGCCCGGCUAAUUUCAGACUUAAAACUAGAUAAUCCUCCCGCAAAAGAUACCAUUAUCGUUCCUACCGGGGGAUACGUCGUAAUAAGAUUUAAGGCCGAUAACCCAGGAGCUUGGUUUUUUCACUGCCACAUCGAUGUUCACAACACCAAUGGUAUGGGAAUGGUACUUCUAGAAUCUUCUAAUCAAUAUCCAGCAACUCCGGCCAACUUUCCUACAUGUUGGGAAGCGGAGGCUCAAAAUAGUUCUCUCGGGAAUAUUAAAACGGAUCUAGAGUAUAUCAUAGGUGUAAUGUCUGCAUUGAUCAUCAUCAGGGUUUUUGUACAUUGAAGAUUGCAACUGAUUUGUUCCAACCUAAUUUAUCCAAAAGGAUCAAAUUUGAUAAUUAUUUGAAUCUUGACUAUUCUAAUGUACUUUUAAAAUACAUGUAUAAUGAUCUCUACAUGUACAUUACUGCCAACUUUAAUCCAAGGCCAGUUUGAAUGAAAAAGCAAGGGUCGAUAUAUUCGUUUCUUACAUAUAGAUUGAUUCAAUUGUAUAUGAAGAUAUUUUGAAAUCACUUUUUAUGCAUAUCAUAGAAGUUUGUCUUUAAUUAGAUAAAAUACUAUUUUUAACUUUUAAACAAGUUAAAAUGAAACAAUUCCAUACCUGUUUUGAUCGUUUGAUCGAUGUACUAUAAUGGGUAUUAUAUUGUCUGACGUUUUUCUUACUGAUUGUUAGGCCAUUAUUAUUCUCAUAAAGUAUUGUCGAUCAUGACAAGGAGCACAUGACAGGAGUGACCGGUCGACCUGGGAUCCUCACUCCUCUAUUGCACCUGAUCCCACCUCUUUAGUACUGUUCGUUAUUUUCAUAUAUUCCAUUGUUUAAACAAAUUAAUAUAUGACAAAGAAUCUAGAAUUGAUAUGUCUUAAUAAACUAUUACCUGUUUAUAGUAGGCAUUAACUGUUACCAUUGACUUGAAAACAGGAUAUAAUUGCUGAAGGUUUCCUUCUCGAAACAAAAGAUGAGUACUUUGAUCGAUAUUUUGCAAGGUUUAUUGGUUUUAUUGAUACCUCUCGAAGCCUAUCUUCAGAACAACAGGUCUGAUCUGCACUAACUAAAUCCAUUUCUAACAUUUUGUCAUUUUUUCUG